AAUAUGAAUAGAGAGAGAGGAUAUAGAGAGAGGGAGAUCGAGACGUACUUGACAGGAGAUAGUUCGGAGACAGAGCAAACGGGGCAGACGAGCGUGAGCGAUCGAGCGCAACGGACGUGUGUGCUUCAGCGGCGAAUUGUACAAGUGUUGGAUAAGCGACGGAAUAAACAGUGGAUUCUACAAUUGGCGCAGCCGGUAUUCCUUUUUUAUAUACACAUACAUAGAACCCCGACGAGGUAUAAAAAUGGAUCCUGAAAAAUUUCCGCUAGAACCCUUCAAUUCCGACGUAAACUGUUCUGAUUUACGUACGGAAUGGAAGAGUGGUUGCGAGCUCUUCUCCUAAUAUUGGAGCUAAAAGGGCCACUUUCACAGCAUGAGAAAUUCGUGUAUAUGCUGGCCCGAGGAGGAAGAGAUCUUCAACGCAUAUAUUUCAACCUAGGCCAAGCUGAGGACGAGAUCAUCCCAUCACAGACGCAGGUGCCAUUUGCGGCUCAAGAAACACCUGAAUUUGACAACGCCAUCAAACGCCUAAACAAAUUCUUCGUAGGAAAACGAAACGAACGCAUAGAGUUGGAGGUGUUUAGAAAUAUUAAGCAGGCAGAUGAGCCCUUCAAUCGGUUCAUGCUGAAACUACGCACUCAGGCGAAGAAAUGCGAUUUCGGAAUGCGCGAAGAGAAAGAAAUCCUUCAUCAAAUUACGGCAGGUGCUAGAGACAUUAAAGUCCGAGAUAAAGGGCUUGAAAAUGUCAUGAAGUUGGACGAAUUAGCCAAUUUCGCACUCAACAGGGAAAUCCUUGCAAAGCAGAAAGCAAUUUCUAAUAAUGAGCACGAAGCAGCGUCUGUGUCACACAUUAGACACGAUCGCACAGGAAACAAAAGGCCGUCCGCAAUGUCACCGGAAUGUGAUCGGUGCGGAUCUCGUGAGCACACAAGAGAAUCCACCGGUUGUUUUGCCCGGAAAGCCCGAUGUAACGAAUGUGGAAAGAUAGGACAUUUUGCCCGGAAAUGCAGCAACAAACGACGACAGCCUUAUUCUCCCUAUGUUUGGAAGCAACCAAGAUCAACAAACAACAUACGAGAGAUGGAUCGUUCUACUGCACGAGAGACGCGUCCUACAAGAGAGGUAAACGCACAACAUGAUAACACACAGAAAAACCGUUUGACGAGGAUUCAGAACACUACCUUUGCAAUAUUAGCGAAGGGGCGUCAGCAAUUACCUUAAAAGAAAUCCGAGAAGCAACACUCUGCGAUAAUACAUUGAAAGAUGUUAUGCAAGCUAUAGAGAACAAUAACUGGCCUCCAACGCUUGUUAGAUACCAAGCAUUCUCUAAAGAGUUAGGCGUGAUCAAUGGCAUCGUAGUUAGAAACGACAGGAUAGUUCUUCCUGUCAUCCUGCGUAAAAAGGCCCUGGACAUAGCACAUAGAGGACAUCCUGGAGUCGUGAGUAUGCGUCGAUACCUUAGGGAAAAUGUUUAGUGGCCUUACAUGGACCGUGAUGUCACCGAACGAAUCCAAGAAUGCGCGGGUUGCACUGCCGUUAGUUCCCAAACUCCAGCCGAACCUAUGCUAAGGAAAGAAAUGCCUGACCGAGCGUGGCAAGACCUCGCCAUCGAUUUUUUCUCCGCGAAAGAGUUCGCUACAUUUCUUGUAGUCAUUGACUACUAUAGCCGCUUUACAAAAGUAAUCGAGAUGAAGCUAACAAAUGCAGUAAAAACUAUAGAAGCGCUAGAAUCAGUAUUUUCGGAACACACAUACCCAGAGACAAUCCGUUGUGAUAAUGGCCCUCCAUUCGCUAGUGAAGAAUUUAAAAAUUACUGUACAAAAAAGAAUAUUCGCCUCGUACACACAAUUCCGUACUGGCCUCAAAUGAAUGGCCUCGUUGAAAGAGCGAACCGCGGCAUCUUAAGAUCCCUACGUAUAGCCAAAUCACAGAAAACCGACUGGAGAGAGGACAUUAAACAAUAUGUUUACUCGUAUAAUACAACACCGCAUACCAUAACAGGUAAAGCCCCACUAGAACUAUUAACAAAUAGACCCGUGAAAGACUUGCUACCAUCGCUCAGAACUGAACCCUUCUGGAAUCGGGACGAGGCAACAAAAGACGAAGACGCUAUUAAGAAACAAAUAGGGAAAAUCUAUGCAGACAAUCGAAGGCAUGCAAGACCUUCCAACAUCGUCAUCGGUGACAAAGUUCUCAUAAAGAACUACGAACCUGACAAAUGUGCACCCAAGUUCCGCAAUGAUGAAUACAUUGUCCUAAAACACUCGGGGAAUGACACAAUAAUAGUCAACGAACAGGGCAUCAAAUUCCGAAGACCAGUGUCCCAUUUAAAGAAGAUACAUCCAAAAAAGGAUUACGCGGAUAAUAAAUAUCAACAUAGUGGAACAUCGAUGCUAGGAGAAACUCCCACAAGCAGUACUCCUACUCAGAGCAGACAAAAUCAGGAUAACAAUUUGGGCGAACAUUCACGCCCAAAAAGAACGACUAAACUUCCAUCCAGAUACCAAUAAAUCCUUUUUCUCGUUCUAGAUUUGACCCACAAGGAAAAGAGAGAGAAAAACUAAAUCAAAUAUCGGCGGUAUAGAUGAAGGACGGCCCGGACUGGAACUAGUAGUAAUAAGUUGCACUCAAAUUAAGUGAAAGCGAUGCAUAGUGGACUUUACGCAAAACAUCAUAGAAUAGAUUUUUUUCACAUGAUUUUCAUUUCACAUUUGCGGAUAGGGAAGGGAUGUAGGAAUAUGAAUAGAGAGAGAGGAUAUAGAGAGAGGGAGAUCGAGACGUACUUGACAGGAGAUAGUUCGGAGACAGAGCUAACGGGGCAGACGAGCGUGAGCGAUCGAGCGCAACGGACGUGUGUGCUUCAGCGGCGAAUUGUACAAGUGUUGGAUAAGCGACGGAAUA